AUGGAAUAUAAACAGGAGACUAUUCUUAUCUGGAAAAUAUUUAUUUGUCUUCUUUUUUUCAUUAUAAAUAUUAAUCGUAUAUCAGCAAAUAGUGAACCAAAGAUAAUUUCAACACAAAAUGAAAUAAUAGCUUAUGUUAAUCAUACAGCUAAACUAUCAUGUAUUAUACAAAAUCGAAAUCAACGACAUGUAACAUGGUCUCGUGUUCAUUUUAUGAAUGAAACUCAAAAAUUAAUUAAUCUUUUAUAUGUUGAUUUACUUAAAUAUACAUCAUUAAAUCGUUAUCAUUUAACACAUUUAGUUGAUAAAGAUAAUCGAGAUCAUUUAAAUCUUGAAAUACGUCAAAUUCAUUUAUCUGAUCAAGGUUAUUAUAGUUGUUUUGUAACAGCAAUUAAACCAAUAUCAGAAAUCUUUCAUCUUAAAGUUAUUGACAAUACACGUAAUGUUUCACUUGCUUUACGUUCAACAUUAGAUAUCCAACAAGAAAAAAAAGAAGAAAUAAAUUCAUUAUUAUCAUUAAUUAAUAUAUCAAUAUCGAACAUUUUUCUAAUGAUUAUUUUAAUAUUAAUUAUAUGA